ACAUGCGUUGUAAGGGUUUCUUGUAAAUAAAUAUUAUUUCGAAUGGCUUAAUUAAUAAUUGUUGACGACUUCUUCUACUCAAUAAUAUUUCGAUAAUAAAUAUUGUUGCUUAAAUGUUUUCCCAAAGUUUCAGUGAAAAUAGGCGGUCUAGCAGUUAUUCAGAUCUGAGUCACCAUGGUUUCCAAUCACAGAAUUCACAAGAAAUGUUUUCUCAAAGUUUUACUGCACCCUUUGAUACACAUCAUUCUCACAGUGACUCACAACAGAACCCUGGCACAAGUGAUUACUGGUCACAAUCUAGUUCUCAGCAAGAUGAUGCUCAUCUCAAUUAUUCAAAAAGACCUCUAUUGUUUGCAUCAAAAAUAAAAAAAACGCAGUCUUUAUGUAAUGUGUUAGGUGGUGGAGGGGGAUUGAGCAGUGGAAGUUCUUAUGCAAAGUUUCAAGAAGUACAACAGCAAAAAGUUACUGCUAACAAUCAAAAAGAUAUUCUACAAUCAUUUUCAAAGCUUUUAGAAGAGUCAUCAUCAGAGCUAAAAGGAUUUUUGGAAUCACUUCAUGUUGAAAUAACUAAAGAUGUUCAGUCUAGUGUUAAGUCUAUCAAAUGUAACUUAGAAAAUAAUGACUAUUUACUUAAUAAAUUACAAUUUGAUGUUGUUGAAAGUUUAAAGAAUUCAAGUAAGGAGGCUUUAAGUCAAUCAGUUAGUGAGACAGAGCUAAAGUUGAAACAUAAAGAUGAAAAAAUUUGUGAAUUAGAAGAUAAAGUCAAACAGUUGCAAAAAGAAAUUGCCAAUUUUAAUGAAAAAGAAAAUUUGUUCCAUAAGGAUCAAAUAUCCAGAUUAAACAAUUUACUCUCUCAAAUAAAUGCUACAAAUGCAGCUGUCAAAACUAUGAAAUCACCAGAGUUAGAUUUGAAAAUGAUGCAGCUUGUUGAGCAAAAUAACACCCUUUGUGCUUUAGUGAAUCACCUAAUAAGCUUGCAAGAAUCUUCAACUUCCAGUCUUGUAUUUUUAAAAGAGAAGUUUCUAUGUUUACCAAAUUAUUUGCAACAAAGUGUGAUUAAUCCUCAAAAUCUUCAAAAUCAAAAUCAUUUUUCUUCUCAAGUUCAUCCAUACCCUUUUGAUAAAGCUCUUAAGUUAUCUCCUGUUGCAGUGGUUGCUCCGACCAUUCAAGUCAAGCAGAACAUUGCUACAGAUAAUUUUCAUAAUGAUCUAUUGGAAACUAAUUUGUCGGAUUUAUACUCUAAACAGAAAAAUUUACCAAUAGUUUCUCAUAAUGAAAAUGAAUGCGUUCAAAAAAAACAUUGUGAAAAGCAAAUUCGUAGAACUGAAAAUGAAUUACCAUUUUCAAACAUGUGCUUGACAUCAACAACACCAAAUAUUGCUAGAGUUGAUCAAAUUAAAAAAACAACACCUAUUCAAAGAUCUAUUAGAAGAUAUGGCAAAAUUAAAAAGUCUGUUGACUUAUUUUCCCCUGCUCUAAACUCAAUAAAGAAGUGCCAACCUUUAAAAGAUGAUCAAAAUAUAAAUGAAAAAAAGUUAGAACAUUGUGAAUCAUGGAAGGAGUUAAUUGUCUUAGAAAAGUCUACUGCUGUCAGUGUUUGUAGAACAUCUUCUACAACAUCAACUCGUGGCUCUUUGGUCAUGAAACGGAAGCAAGAAAAUGUUCUCAACUUUGAAAAAGAUGACAGCGAUUUAAAAGAUCUUGUUUUGUUGCUUCGAGGAAAAGGUAAAAGUAUUCGACUAGCACCAUAGUAAUAUCAGAUAAGCAUUUUAGCAUUGUUAGCAUUUUCAAUGAAGUUGCCGAAUCUGUUUGCAAUAUUGUCACUGUAUGACAACUUUUUAUUGCUGUUGAGAAUGACAAAGCCGUAAAAAUUUUGCUAUAGUUUGUUUGUUUUUUUUUUUUUUUUUUUUUUUUUUUUUUUUUUUUUUUUUGUUGUUUGUUGCUGUUGCUGUUAACCAAACACUUUUAUUAAAUGAAAGAAUAUAUGUAUGAAGAUUGUUAUUAAUUGUACUGUCUAGUAGUUGUAGGCGCACUAAUAUUGUAGUUAUAAUUUGAAUUUUUGAAUUAUAUGGUUUCAUAUUUAUCUUUUAUAAAUUUUUAACGAAAUAAAUG